AUGGCUUUGCAAGACUCCUCUGACGGGCUGCCCGAGUUCGCCCCCGUCCUGAUUGUCGGUGGAGGCCCUAUCGGGCUCUUGCAAGCUCUGCUCUUGUCUCAAUUUGGAGUUCAAUCGGUGAUCAUCGAACGCUAUCCGCAACGUCUGGCGGCUCCCAAAGCUCACGCGAUCAACCCGCGGUCGCUGGAAAUUCUGCGUCAAUAUGGCCUGGGCGAGAAACGAGUCCGACAACUGGGCACUUCGCGCGCCGAUGGCUCCUGGGUCAAUUUUAUCACCAGCUUGAGCGGCGAUGCUGUCGGACGGCUGCCCUAUGAACGCAUGGAUCCUGCCGUCUUGGACGACACACCCGAGAUGAUCCACAAUAUUCCUCAGCCAGUGUUAGAACAAGAGCUGACCAGCCGCAUUGCGGAAGAUCCUAAUAUCACCCUGCACAAGGGAUUCAGUAUCCACGCCGUAGAUCAGACUGACAACCAGGUUCUGGCCACCGUUGAAGAGCGCUCUACUGGACGUCUUCUGUCCAUCCGGUCUCGGUACCUUGUGGCCUGCGAUGGCCGGAGGAGCAAAGUCCGAGAACUGCUUGGGAUCUCCUCUGAGGGCGAGGACUCUGAGCAGACCAUGAUGACCAUCCAUUUCAAUGCCAAUCUGCGCCCUGUGGUGGGCGAUCGGGUCGGCAUGUUGUUCUGGAUCAUGGACCCCAUAGCCGCAGGAUUCAUCAUCGGCUAUGACUUGGACGGCACUCAAGUUCAUAUCAGCCAGGUCGACGUGACCCAGCAGCCCAUUGAGUCGUGGUCCGACGAGAUGUGCCGGACGAAGAUCCGUGAUGCUAUUGGCAAGGACAUUCCAUUUGAUAUUCUCAGCGUUCGACCGUGGGUGUUCCGGCGUCAGAUUGCGGAGACGUUUCAAAAGGGCAAUGUGUUCCUUGCAGGGGAUGCCGCGCACUCAUUCCCACCCACUGGGGGACUGGGCUUGAACUGUGGAAUGGCAGACGCCCAUAACCUGGCAUAUAAGCUUGCGCUCGUCCAUCGGGGGGUGGCUCGCCCGUCACUUCUUUCAACAUAUACAACCGAGCGCCGAAGCGUGGCCGAUGUCUACUCGAGACAAAGCGUCAAGAACGGCCAGCAAAUCUUCGCUCUCCUGCAAAGUCUCAAGAUGGCGGGCGUUGAUGAUGUCGCCCAGGCUCGUCACAACAUGAUGGCAACACUGGCUGAUCCAGAGCAGCGGGCAAAGGUCGACGAGGGGAUCGAAGGGCAGCGAGAACACUUUGACAAUCUUGAGCUCCACAUCGGAUACGUGUAUGGUGCCAGCGAACCGCCAUCUCAUGCUUCCCACUAUUCACCCAAGUUUGUGUCUGGAGCUCGCCUCCCUCAUGCAUGGAUUUCCUUUUCCUUCCCCGACCAGAGUUCAACUUCAACUGAAGCCGCGCGCUCUUCGCUGCCUGCAGAGCCAGUCGACGUCUCCUAUGUGACUGAGUUGAGUAAAGCGCAAGUUCGAGAUUGUCAAUGGAGCACCCUCGAUCUCUGUGGGCUGGACGCAUUUACUCUGAUUCUGGGGGACAAUGAUACGCCACUGGUCGCGCAGAUUGCGCAGGUUCAGAAACAAUGCGCGGCGACUAACAUCCGUUUCAAUGUCUGGCGUUUUGGUAAGGACUUUGAGGUUGUGAAGCAGACCUGGUUUACUGCAGAGCUGAACAAAUCGGGUGGCAUACUUGUUCGCCCCGAUCAGCAUAUUUUGGCAAUGCUCACUGAGAGCACAACGGCUGAUGAAGUGAUUACGGCAUUGAGGGACCAUCUUGGACAAUAG